GAGAGCAGAACAGAACCUAUGCUCUCCCUAUUGCUGACCUGAAAAACACAGAGUUUUUCUCCUCUGUGUUCCUCCAAACAAACCAGCAACUGAACUAAACAGGAACUUCGGCUCGCUUUGCCUCGCCAUGAGCUCUUCCCACCUAAACAACCGAGCUGAGAGCCAUUUCCAAGCCCGAGAAGAGCACGAGCUGGAAACUCUGGGGAAUAAGGCAUGGGACAACCCCGUAUAUAACGGUUCGCCUUCCUCUUCCCUGAAGAUCAGGGCCAUCUACAAUCCCAAAUCCAUCUUGGAAAACCCCUAUGAGAAUAUUGAGAAGCUGACUGACUCCCUGCCCUACCAGAAGGAGAGAGAGAAAGAUGAGAUGAGAGUUGGCAGCAAGAAGCCUUUCUCUGCGUGCUGCUUCUAUAUCUGCAAAGGCAUCCGAGGACUUUGGGGCACCACACUAACGGAAAACACCGCUGAGAACCGAGAGCUUUACGUAAAGACCACACUGCGCGAACUGUUGGUCUACAUUGUAUUCUUGGUGGAUAUCUGUUUAUUGACUUAUGGGAUGACAAGUUCAAAUGCCUAUUACUACACCAAAGUGAUGUCCGAACUCUUCUUGGAAACUCCUACGGAUAGUGGUAUCUCCUUCCAGGAGAUUGGAAGCAUGGCUGACUUUUGGCGAUAUACUCAAGGCCCUUUAUUGGACAGCUUGUAUUGGACCAAAUGGUACAACAACGAAUCUCUAGGCCACAACACUCAGUCGUACAUCUAUUACGAGAACUUGCUGCUGGGGGUCCCACGAAUGCGUCAACUGAAGGUGCAGAACAACUCGUGUGUGGUGCACGAAGACUUCAAGGAAGACAUUUUUGGCUGUUAUGAUGUCUACAGUGAGGAGAAGGAAGACAGGUCCCCCUUUGGGCUCCUCAAUGGAACAGCGUGGCAGUACCACACAGAGGAAGAGCUGGACGGUUCCUCUCACUGGGGACGACUGACAAGUUACAGCGGAGGAGGUUAUUACAUGGAUCUCAAAAUGACCCGUCGGGAAAGCGCUAGAGCUCUCCGAGUCCUGAAAGAAAACUUGUGGCUGAAUCGGGGAACUCGCGUGGUUUUCAUUGACUUUUCUGUGUACAAUGCCAAUAUCAACCUUUUCUGCGUCCUGAGGUUAGUGAUUGAAUUCCCAGCCACCGGUGGAGCCAUCCCUUCGUGGCAGAUCCGAACAGUAAAGCUCCUCCGCUACGUCAGCACCUGGGACUUCUUCAUUGUCGCUUGCGAGAUUGUCUUCUGCGUCUUCAUCUUCUACUACGUGGUGGAAGAGAUCUUGGAGCUGCGCAUUCACAGGCUCAAGUACUUCACCAGCAUCUGGAACAUCUUGGACAUCGUUGUCAUAUUGCUUUCUAUUGUAGCCAUCGGAUUCCACAUCUUUCGCACCAUUGAGGUCAACAGGUUGAUGGGACAGCUUCUGAGAAACCCCAGCAUCUAUGCGGACUUUGAAUUCCUGGCUUUUUGGCAGACUCAGUACAACAACAUGAACGCUGUGAACUUGUUCUUUGCCUGGAUCAAGAUAUUCAAAUACAUUAGCUUUAACAAAACGAUGACACAGCUCUCCUCCACCUUAGCCCGCUGCGCCAAGGACAUCCUAGGCUUUGCCAUCAUGUUCUUCAUCGUCUUCUUUGCCUACGCCCAGCUGGGAUACCUUCUCUUCGGGACCCAAGUGGAAAACUUCAGCACCUUUGUCAAAUGCAUCUUCACCCAGUUUCGAAUAAUCCUCGGCGACUUUGACUACAACGCCAUUGACAACGCUAACCGGGUCUUGGGGCCGAUAUAUUUUGUCACCUACGUCUUCUUUGUCUUCUUUGUGCUGUUGAACAUGUUCCUGGCUAUUAUCAACGACACGUAUUCUGAAGUCAAAGAGGAGCUUUCAAACCAGAAGAAUGAAUUGCAGCUCACAGACAUCCUGAAACAGGGCUAUAAUAGGACCCUAAUGAAGCUGAAGCUGAAAAAAGACCGGAUCUCUGACGUGCAAAAAGCUUUGCAGAAAGGGACCAAGGAGCUGGAAUUUGAAGACUUUAAGAACAGCUUGAGAGAGCUUGGCCAUGCUGAGCACGAGAUCACAGCAGCCUUUGCAAAGUUCGAUAAAGAUGGGAACCAGAUUCUGGAUGAGGAGGAGCAGAAGAGAAUGCGGAACGACUUGGAGGAGAAGAGAGUUGCUUUGAAUGCAGAAAUUGAGAAUUUGGGAAAAUCCUUCGGAGACAACAAUUUGGACGGCCCGUUUGCCAUUGCGGAUGCAAAGAACAAUCAAGGAAACAAAUCUAGCCUGGUGUCUGAGGAGGAGUUCCAAACACUCCUGAGACGGGUUCUGCAGCUGGAGCAUUCCAUUGGGGGGGUCAUAUCCAAGACGGACGCCUUGGUGGUUAAACUGGAGGGACUGGAGAGAAGCAAAUUCAAGAACAAGGACUCAGCAAGCAAACUUCUUAACAACAUUAGCAAAGAAGAACAGUUCAGCCAAGGAAGUCUGGUUCCUCAGAACGCCGAGUGGGUCAUCAAGGAAGAAGGUGGAUCGGAGAGGCAGGAGAACGAUGUCCGCUUAACCCCCCUGAGUGGCAGCAGCGCUUUCUACCCCAAGACAGAGCUCCCCGGCUCUCAGACACCCAAGAGCACCCCACGACAAUCCAAUAAAAGCUUCUAACUUGUUUCUGAACAACCCCACUUCGCUAAUAAUACACCACCACAAUU